AUGAUAUAUUAAAUGCCCGAUGAUGGCGCUCAAUGUGCCAUCAUCGGACAAAACCAGAAAAGCUCCACACAGGAAAUGGAUUCCACGUGUGGACCCUUUUCUGGUGUUGCCCGAUAAUGGCGCAUUGGGCGCCAUCAUCGGACAACCUGUAUAGAUUACAUAGACAGACCAAGAUUUCUUUCAGAUCAAACCAAAAGAGAUAUUUCCUCAGCACAGACCAAAGCAGCUGCUCAGAUUAAAAUAUGAGACCACAUGCUAUCAAAUUGAUCUGACUAUUCAAACUACUCAACUCCAAAAUAUAAAAUUCUUAAGCAAAGAUGCAGAAAAGGGAUCCCGAGUAAUGUUCGUGGAAGAGUUUGAUUUAUGCUCUGUAAAGGACUUGAAGUUCAAAACAGCUAUCCUCAUCAUCUAUAUUUUAGGCUCUGUAACCGCGAAGAAGAUCCGCCUUGCAUGCUUGACAUUACAAAGGACGUAAGCCGUACUUUUCCUGAGCAUUUUUUAUUUGUGCGUCAAGGUGGCCAGCAGUCUUUGACUAACAUUUUACGAGCUUAUGCAUUUCUAGACCCAGAAAUCGGCUACUGCCAAGGAAUGGCAUAUAUAGUCGGAGUCUUUUUAAUGCAUGUUGAUGAAGAAAGCGCGUUUUGAAUGCUUGUAAGCUUCAUGUAUAAUUAUCAAAUGAGAGGCUAUUAUAUGCAGGGAAUGGCAAAAGUAUAUCAAAGCUUAUACAAAGCCAAUUAUUUACUAAAACUUCAUGAGCCUGCCUUAUGGAAAAAAUUUGCCAAGUCGGAAUUUUAUCCUCAGAUUUACGCAAUGCAGUGAUUUAUGACCUUGUUUACUUUCUCUUUUAAUAUCGACACAGUUUUGAGGAUUUGGGAUUGCUUUUUGCUUGAAGGCCCAAAAAUACUUUUCAGGGUAUUUUUAAGUUUUUUUAAACUUCAUAAAAAUGACUUGAUAAAUCUCAGCUUUGAAAAUUUGCUGGCAGGAAUUCGAAGGAUUGAGACUAGUUUAGAUGCAGAUUUACUAUUACGAGCUGCAUUUAAUAUAACUUUAUCAAGAAAAGAGCUAUUGCAAAUAGAUCGGGAAUAUCAAAAUGCUCCAAAUCCUGUACUUAUAAAUUGAAAAUAA